AUGUCUUCAUGUAUUCACUUCUUACAGCUGUACUGCGCACUUAAUCUUAAAUCUGGUGUGCGUAUCAAAGAAGAGGCCGAGGUGAUUGAGGGAGAGGUCGUGGAGGUGCAAAUAGACCGACCCACGAGCGGCACACAGGCCAAGGUUGGAAAGUUGACCAUGAAGACUACGGAUAUGGAGACUAUCUAUGAUUUGGGUGCCAAAAUGAUUGAAGGACUGGUCAAGGCUAAGGUCCAAGCUGGAGACGUCAUCACAAUAGAUAAGGCCACAGGACGUAUCACCCGUAUUGGUCGCUCACACUCGCGCGCCCGGGACUACGACGCCGCAGGAGCCGAUACAAAGUUCAUCGCUUGUCCGGAUGGCGAACUACAGAAGCGCAAAGAGAUGGUACACACAGUGUCACUGCACGAGAUAGACGUGAUCAAUAGCAGGCAGCAAGGUUUCUUGGCUCUAUUCUCCGGUGAGACUGGGGAGAUUAAAUCGGAAGUUCGUGAGCAGAUUGACAUCAAAGUGGCAGAGUGGCGCGAGGAAGGCAAAGCGGAGCUGGUCCCUGAUGUCACGCUGUCAGAUGAAGCUAAGGCCUUCCUCACCAAAGUGGCGUGUGAAACGUCACUGCGAUACGCGAUGCAACUGGUUAUGACGUCAGAUUUGGUUGCUAAGCGACGAAAAUCCCCCACUGUCGACAUAGCCGAUGUCAAAAAGUGCUACACACUCUUCCUGGAUGAGAAGAGGUCGACAGCAUUCCUGAAGGAAUACCACAGCCAAUUCAUGUUCAGUGAGGAGAGCGAAGAAACAAAUACUGAUGUGCUGAUGACGGAUGCCUGAGAGUAUACAUACAAAUAAAUACUACAUAAUAGCAG